CAAUAUGUAAAUACUUUUAGUACUGUAAGGUUAUCAGAUAUUAUUGGUCACGUGUAUCAUAAGGUUUGUUUGUGUUAGGUUUUCAUUGAAUGUGAGCAGUAUUCAUGUUUUCAAUGAUAGCGACAUUCUCGUAGCAUUAUUCCCAGUGUGACAGACGUACUUUAAAGUUCUGUGGAAAUUUUCCUUCUUUCUAAUUGUUGAUAGAUUAUACAAUUGAGAGUUUAUUUAAUAACAUACAACACAAUGCUUCGUUUAAUGAAAAAUUUAAAACCCUUGAGGUCUUUCGCGACAGCUUCAUUACCGGCUCCUGAGACCAAUCCUUCCAUUAUGUAUGCAGGAAUUUUUAUAGACAAUGAAUGGUGCAAAUCACAAUCAGGAAAAACCUUCGAAACAAAGAAUCCUACGACAGGAGAAGUAAUAGAAGAAGUUCAAGAAGGUGAUGUUGAAGACAUUAAUAUUGCUGUUCAAGCAGCUAAAAAAGCAUUCAAAUUCGGAUCUCAAUGGAGAACAAUGGACGCAUCCCAGAGAGGAGUUCUUCUACAUAAAUUGGCAGACUUGAUUGAACGUGAUCAUGUAUACUUAGCUUCAUUGGAGACUCUGGAUAAUGGAAAACCUUUUUCUGCUGCUUAUGCUUUUGAUGUUCCUUACAGUGCAUCUGUAUUAAGAUAUUAUGCAGGAUGGGCUGAUAAAAAUCAUGGAAAAGUUAUUCCAAUGGAUGGAAACUUUUUUGGUUAUACCAGACAUGAACCAAUUGGAGUUUGUGGACAAAUUAUUCCUUGGAAUUUCCCUUUGUUAAUGAUGGCAUGGAAAUUAGCUCCAGCUUUAGCAACAGGAAAUACUAUUGUGCUUAAACCGGCUGAACAGACACCAUUAACAGCUUUAUAUUUAGCACAACUAACGAAAGAAGCUGGUUUUCCUCCUGGUGUAAUUAAUGUAGUACCUGGCUUUGGAAAAGCCGGCGCAGCCCUUGUGGCUCAUAAUGAUGUUGACAAAAUUGCUUUUACUGGUUCUACUGAGGUUGGCAAAUUGGUUCAAGAAGGAGCUGCUAAGAGUAACCUGAAAAGAACAACACUUGAAUUAGGAGGAAAAUCACCGAAUAUUAUUUUUAAAGAUGCUGAUAUGGAUCAUGCUGUAGAAACAGCUCAUUUUGGUUUAUUUUUCAACAUGGGUCAAUGUUGUUGUGCUGGAUCACGAACUUUUGUAGAAGAUGAUAUUUAUGAUGAGUUUGUAGAAAGAAGUGUGGAACGUGCGAAAAAAAGGACAGUUGGAAAUCCAUUUGACCCGUCAAUCGAGCAUGGACCUCAAAUUGAUGAAGAGCAAUUGAAUAAAAUAUUACAAAUGAUCGACAGUGGAAAGAAACAAGGUGCCAAAUUAGUUACUGGAGGUGAUAGAGUAGGAAGCCAAGGAUAUUUUAUUUCUCCUACAGUUUUUGCUGAUGUUAAAGACGAUAUGACAAUCGCCCGUGAAGAAAUUUUUGGGCCGGUUCAACAAAUUUUGAAAUUCAGCGACCUUAAUGAAGUAAUUGAACGAGCUAAUAAAACUGAUUACGGUUUGGCUGCAGCAAUCUUCACAAAAGAUAUUGAUAGAGCUAACCAUCUCAUCCAAGGAUUGCGUGCAGGCACUGUUUGGGUGAAUACUUACAAUGUAUUAAAAAAUCAAGUUCCUUUCGGAGGUUACAAGAUGAGUGGACACGGUCGAGAACUUGGAGAAUAUGGUCUUCAAGCUUACACAGAAGUAAAAAGUGUAAUUGUAAAAAUCAAUCAAAAGAAUAGUUAAUCAUUUCAAAAGUUGAUAUUACUUAAGUUUUUUCGUUUUAAAGCACACAAAUAAGACAAACAAAUCAAUAAUUUUUUAUUCUAUAUUUAAAUAGUAGUUUUAUAAAUAAUCAAGUGAAUAUUGCGUAAUUCAAGUUAAA